AUGCUGCGCUGGCUGCGGGGCUUCGUGCUGCCCACGGCGGCCUGCCAGGACGUGGAGCCGCCGACGCGCUACGAGACCCUCUUUCAGAAACUGGACCGCAACGGGGACGGCGUGGUGGACAUCAGCGAGCUGCAGGAGGGGCUCAAAAGCUUGGGCAUCCCCCUGGGCCAGGACGCCGAGGAGAAAAUUUUCACUACUGGUGAUGUCAACAAAGAUGGGAAGCUGGAUUUUGAAGAAUUUAUGAAGUACCUUAAAGACCAUGAGAAAAAAAUGAAAUUGGCAUUUAAGAGUUUGGACAAAAAUAAUGAUGGAAAAAUUGAGGCUUCUGAAAUUGUCCAGUCUCUCCAGAUACUAGGUCUAACUAUUUCUGAACAACAAGCAGAAUUGAUUCUUCAAAGCAUUGAUGCCGAUGGGACAAUGACAGUGGACUGGAAUGAAUGGCGAGACUACUUCUUAUUUAACCCCGUUACAGAUAUUGAGGAAAUCAUCCGUUUCUGGAAACAUUCUACUGGUAUUGACAUCGGAGAUAGUUUAACUAUUCCAGAUGAAUUCACAGAAGAUGAAAAAAAGUCGGGACAGUGGUGGAGGCAGCUUUUGGCGGGAGGUGUUGCCGGGGCCGUCUCUCGGACAAGCACGGCCCCUCUGGAUCGUCUGAAAGUCAUGAUGCAGGUCCAUGGAUCAAAAUCAGCGAAAAUGAACAUAUAUGGCGGCUUUCGGCAGAUGGUGAAAGAAGGAGGAAUCCGCUCGCUUUGGAGAGGAAAUGGUACAAACGUCAUUAAAAUUGCUCCUGAGACAGCUGUUAAGUUCUGGGCAUAUGAACAGUACAAGAAGUUGCUUACUGAGGAUGGACAGAAAAUAGGAACCUUUGAGAGAUUUGUAUCUGGUUCCAUGGCUGGAGCAACUGCACAGACUUUUAUUUAUCCUAUGGAGGUUCUGAAAACCAGGCUGGCUGUAGGCAAAACUGGACAAUACUCUGGAAUGUUUGAUUGUGCCAAGAAGAUUUUGAAAUAUGAAGGCAUGGGAGCUUUUUACAAAGGUUAUGUUCCCAAUUUAUUAGGCAUCAUACCUUAUGCAGGUAUAGAUCUUGCUGUAUAUGAGCUCCUAAAGUCUCAUUGGCUAGAUAAUUUUGCCAAAGACUCUGUGAACCCUGGAGUCAUGGUGUUGCUGGGUUGUGGUGCCUUAUCCAGUACCUGUGGUCAGCUGGCCAGCUACCCCUUGGCUUUGGUGAGAACACGCAUGCAGGCUCAAGCCAUGAUAGAAAGAAGCCCACAGCUGAACAUGGUUGGGCUCUUUCGACGAAUAAUUUCUAAAGAAGGACUACCAGGACUUUACAGAGGCAUCACCCCAAACUUUAUGAAGGUGCUCCCUGCUGUAGGCAUCAGUUAUGUGGUUUAUGAAAAUAUGAAACAAACUCUAGGAAUAACUCAGAAAUGA